AUGCUCAGACAAAUUAUUACUUUAGUUACAAUUGCCAUUCUUGCGCAGGUAAGUUGGGCUGGAGAUAGCAGUUUUCCUACUAUCGAAGUUGUGGGUAACAAAUUUUUUUACAGCAAUAAUGGUUCUCAAUUCUAUAUCAGAGGCGUCGCCUAUCAAGAGAACACAGAAGAUAGCGACAGUUUCAAAGAUCCAUUGGCCGACGGUGACGCUUGCAAGAGAGACAUUAAAUAUCUUCAGGAGAUCAAAACUAAUGUCUUACGAGUUUAUUCUCUCAAUACCUCUGUUAAGCACGACACUUGCAUGAAAGCUCUAGCAGACGCAGGCAUUUAUGUUAUUGCUGAUUUGUCAGAACCAUCAGAGUCUAUUAAUAGGGAUGAUCCAGAAUGGAACUUGGAUUUAUACAAGAGAUAUGCUAAUGUCAUCGAUGAAUUUCAGACAUAUAAUAAUACAUUAGGUUUUUUUGCUGGUAAUGAAGUCACCAAUAACAAAUCAAAUACUGAUGCAUCUCCAUUCGUUAAAGCUGCAAUUCGUGAUAUGAAAAAAUAUAUCAAGUCUAAAAAGUAUAGGACAAUACCAGUCGGUUAUUCGACGUCUGAUGAUGCUACCAUCAGAGCCAAGCUUCCUGAGUACUUCUCUUGUGGAAGUGAAGAGGAAAGAGCAGACUUUUUUGGUCUCAACAAUUAUGAGUGGUGUGGAGACAGUAGUUUCUCAUCUUCAGGCUACGAAGAGCGCACGGAAGAAUAUAAAAACUUGACAAUUCCAGUAUUUUUUUCAGAAUAUGGUUGCAAUGAGAAAAAGCCAAGAAAGUUCACUGAUGUGCCUACAAUUUAUGGUGAUAAGAUGACAGAUGUUUGGUCGGGUGGUAUUGUUUACAUGUACUUUCAGGAGGAAAAUGACUACGGUUUAGUUUCUGUCAAAGGUAGCAGUGUGAGCACAUUAAGUGAUUUUAAAUACUUAUCUCUGGAAAUGGCCUCAAUUUCCCCUUCAUCUGCUAAGUCAUCAUCCCAGAAAGCUUCCACUCUCUCCUGUCCUGCCACCGGAUCUAGCUGGCAAGCUGCCACUAAGCUCCCACCGACACCCGAUGAAGAUACUUGUGAUUGUAUUGCCAAAUCCUUAGAAUGUGUUGUUGCUGACAGCGUUGAUGAGGAUGACUAUGGUGACUUAUUUGGUUCUGUAUGUGGCGAGAUAUCUUGUGAUGCUAUUAACGUUAAUGGAAAGAAAGGGACAUACGGUAAGUUUUCUUACUGUUCGACGAAGGACAAACUCUCGUACGUUUUGAAUGCAUAUUACGAGAAGAAUGGUAAAAAGCUGUCCGCAUGCAGUUUCAAGGGAUCAGCUUCUAUUAAUAAAAGUGCUUCAUCUGCCAAGUCCUGCUCAAAGAAGACUUCAGAAGCAACAGGUAAUGAUUCAAGCUCCUCAGGUAGCUCAGAUUCAGGUUCUGAAGGAUCGGGCUCUUCCUCUGGAUCUAGCUCUGGAUCAACUUCAAGCUCGACCAAGCUGUCAUUUGCUAAUUUGAAUGCUAGAAAGGUUACAAGUGGUGAAUUGAUUACGGUUGUUAUUAUGAUAACAAGUUUCGUAUGUGGAUUUUCAUUCGUCAUGUUUUGA